GAAAAUUGUUUAAAAUCGGAAGUUGGCGAUAAUUUCGAUAGAAUUUUUCUGCUUUGGUGAAAAAGACGCUCGCAGUGUUAUUGCAUAAAUACAUUGUGAACUCUAUGGACUUAUUGUGUCACUUAGCUAUGUGUUAUACUUGAAUCACAGACGAUCAGUGAAGUGAUCAGUUAAACUGACAAAUCCAUAUUUAAUUCGUGUGUAGCUGUGUAAUGAAAGAAACAUUUAACAAUGUCAGAUGGUACUGUUGAAUUAGCGGGUGUUGAUCGACCGACACGAUUUCAUGUGAACCCAGUAGAUCGGAUGAAAAAGGAAGCGGCCGCAGAGAUAUACCGGAAAAUCGUGGAAAAUGAUUGCGAAGCAAAUGAAAGCGACACGUUCCCGGAAGAGGUAGUGGCUGUGCGGCGAACAUCAAGAUUAUCGUCACUCAAAAGUAGUUUUAGAGAUAAAGAUAGACCGCCCAAGUAUAAAGAUCAGCAGACCACACGAUUUCAGGUCAAUCAAGAUGAUUCAGACUCAAAUUCAAAUGACGAAGAUCGCGAGGUAUUGCUUGAUAGUGAGUACGACACACGCUACGGUAAAAGUUUUCGACAUUUUACACGCGAAGCGUUACCUCGUUUGGAUAACUACAGAAACAUUCUAUCGAUUCAGGCGGCCCAUCGACCCACACUAGACGAACUGCAUAAUGCAACAAUGACAAAUAAGGUACACGGAACCCUACCGCGAAACGGCGAUGCGGAGGCAGGACUCAAUGUUGGCGUAAAAUUUGGUUGGAUACAGGGUGUGCUGAUAAGAUGCUUAUUGAAUAUUUGGGGUGUAAUGCUGUUCUUACGAUUGACCUGGGUCGUAGGUCAAGCUGGAAUUAUUGAAGGAAUUUUACUAGUUUUAACGACAACGGCCGUCACAGGUAUUACUUCAUUGUCGAUGUCAGCGAUCAGCACAAAUGGUGUGAUUAAGGGAGGCGGAACGUAUUACAUGAUUUCAAGAUCGUUAGGACCAGAAUUUGGUGGUUCAAUUGGCUUAAUUUUUUCAUUGGCAAAUGUGGUUGCGUGUGCAAUGUAUGUCGUUGGAUUUUGUGAAUCAAUGAACGAUUUACUACGAUCGCUUGGUUGCAAAAUUAUUGAUAGCGGUGUGCAGGACACUCGCAUUAUCGGUUCGGUGACGAUACUGAUUUUGACGGUAAUUGUUGUUGUUGGCAUGGAAUGGGAAGCAAAGGCGCAAAUUGGAUUGCUUGUCAUUCUACUGGUGGCUAUUGGAGAUUACAUUAUCGGAUCAAUAAUUGGUCCAAAGAGUGAUGCAGACACUGCAAAAGGUUUCGUCGGCUUUAAUGCGCAAGUUUUCGCUGACAACUUGAAAACAAACUACCGGGAAGUUAACGGUGUGCAGCACAACUUUUUCUCAGUAUUUGCAAUUUUCUUCCCAGCUGCAACUGGUAUUUUAGCCGGAGCAAACAUUUCCGGAGAUCUGAAGGAUCCGCAAAAAUCGAUUCCGAAAGGAACGCUUCUGGCAGUAUUGAUAACAACAACCACCUAUAUCAUAAUGGUUUUAAUUGCUGGCGCCGUUGUUGUUCGCGAUGCCACCGGCAACGUUGAAGACGCCGUGAACGGAUCGCUAGCAUUUUUAGACUGUGCCAAUCAGACGUGCAAAUACGGUUUACAGAAUUCGUUUCAAAUCGUCGAACUGGUAUCAGGAUUCGGACCGUUCAUUUACGCCGGAUGCUUUGCUGCAACUUUGUCAUCAGCACUGGCUAGCUUAGUGUCAGCGCCGAAAGUGUUCCAAGCCUUGUGCAAAGACGACCUGUAUCCGAAAAUUAAAUGGUUCGCUCGUGGCUAUGGAAAGAAUAACGAACCGGUACGAGGAUAUGUUCUCACGUUCAUACUAGCCUCGGCAUUUAUUUUGAUUGGAACACUCGAUGCCAUCGCACCGUUGAUAUCCAAUUUCUUCUUGGCUGCUUACAUGCUAAUCAAUUUCAGCACGUUUCAUGCCAGUCUUGCCAAACCAAUCGGCUGGCGGCCCACUUUCAAAUACUAUAAUAUGUGGCUGAGUCUCCUUGGAGCGAUCUUGUGUGUUGCUGUUAUGUUUCUCAUCGAUCUGCUGACGGCUCUGCUCACAUUUGCAGCGGUUAUAGCUUUGUAUUUGAUUGUAUCUUACAGGAAGCCGGACGUGAAUUGGGGCUCAACAACCCAAGCGCAGACCUACAAAAAUGCGUUGAAUUCAGUCCAGCAACUGAACAACGUGGAAGAGCACGUCAAGAACUAUAGACCGCAGAUUCUUGCCUUAACCCAUCUGCCGAACACCAGACCGAUAUUAGUGGACUUUGCGCACAGUCUGACGAAAAACUUGUCGCUUCUUGUUUGCGGUCACAUCGUCAAAGGUGCCAAUACGCAAAAGCAUCGCAUUUAUCUGCAGCACAGAGCGGCUGACUGGUUCCAGAAGCACAAAGUCAAAGGUUUUUAUUCGUUGGUCGACGGCGAGGACUUCGAAUCCGGCGCACGGGCUUUGAUGCAAGCUACCGGCGUUGGUAAAUUGAAGCCAAACCUAUUGAUGAUGGGCUACAAAUUAGAUUGGAAAACAUGUCCCAGAUCCGAGCUGACGCAAUACUUCAACACUGUCCAUAAGGCAUUGGAUAUGCACCUAGCCGUUGCAAUACUGCGAGUACCCAAAGGACUCGAUUAUUCGCAAGUGUUGGGCGAAGAUGUACCGAUAAGUAUCUUUCAACUGCCGAAAACCAUUCCAUCGAACGAUAGUUCGGCCGAUCUGCAUGAUAAAUCGAAUAUUCAUGGUAGCUGUGACUCGUUGAGCCGGAACGUGUCUCAAGCUGACGAUUUCAGGUGUAGUAUUGAAAAGAGCAUAGACGAAGCGAAAGCUAGCAGUACAAGUGAUCUAUCGGGUACACCAAUCCCUGCUGUAUCUCGCGAUCAUGUGUCCGGUAUACCCGAUGGCCGUUCACAAUAUGUGCUGAACAACUACCUAAAAAAAUCGAAAAAACGGGCAAGCGACGCUUCCUUCUUAUAUAAAGCACCUGGUGGUGCUGAUUUGCCGAAAGAGACACUGCAUGAUCUGACUUUGUUCACCAGGAAACGAAGUAAUGCCGUGAUCGAUGUGUACUGGUUGUACGAUGAUGGUGGAUUGACGCUACUUCUACCAUACAUCAUAAGUACACGCCGAACGUGGAAUUCGUGCAAACUUCGUGUAUUUGCUUUGGCUAACAAGCAAUUCGAAUUGGAAUUCGAGAUGAGCGCUAUGGCUAGCUUGUUGGCCAAGUUUCGAAUCGAUUAUUCGGAUCUACAGCUCAUAUCGGAUAUAACGAAAAAGCCGCAAGAGUCGACGGUGCGGUUUUUCAAGGAAAUGAUUAAAGAAUUUAUGCAACCGGAUGAUGAUGGAAAUGCUGCAGAAACAAUAUCCGAAAGUGAUCUUCUGGGAGUGCAAGAUAAAACCAAUCGUCAUCUUAGGCUUAGAGAAUACGCCUUAGAAAAAUCGUCCAAAUCCGAUCUAGUGGUAAUGACGUUACCGAUGCCACGAAGAAAUAUCUAUUCCGCCCCAUUGUACAUGGCAUGGUUGGAGUGCUUGAGCAGGGAUCUGCCACCAUUUUUAUUCGUCCGUGGAAAUCAAACCAGUGUGCUAACAUUCUAUUCGUAGUUUGGCGCCGACAUUUUAUUUAUUUUUGUUUUGUAAAUUUUCGUUCUCUUAUAUUGUUCUGUUAAUCAGCAGAAGAGGUCUGGCGAGAUAUCGGACCAUAAACACGGCCACAUAUUUUUCUUUUGUUUUAUGUCACUUAACUAACAAUACAAUUUACAAUAAAUGAUUUAGCAAUAUUAAA